AAAGGGCGACACUCUGUUUCUAUGACCAUUCAUCCAGGAAAAGACUCUUCGUUCUUCCAACUGUCCAUAACGUUGAUCUCCGACACGCGGAAUGUGAAUCGACCCAGCCCGAAGUCCGCGUCAGGCUUUUCGCUGACUGACAGUUGCGAAUGAUUGACAGAACAAACUGCGGGAGUGAAACCCAGUUCAUCCCGGGUUUCCAUUCACGGUCCGAGUUAGACAGAGUUUGAUGUCUCAAUAUAGACUUUUCGCCAAUGAUGUUCGGAUCAAAAUAUGUCUGUGUUUGUUUUAUAACCUGUUUAUUUGGAAUAGUUUGCGUAAUACCAGGUAAGGUGACCUCGGUGACAUUUGACCCGAGCGUCUCGGGUCACGAGAUGUGUCAGAUGCCACAGACUCUAAAGCUGAACGUAUCUGUACUCAAGUGGACAAUCACCCUGCACCUGCAGAAGACCAAGGGGGUGGACCUGAACGCACCCUUGUUCUGGAUCGCGAAGAGGAGUGGCCAAGAAUACACGAUCACCAAAGGGAGACAACCUAGAAUAAACAGUUUCUCGGAAUACCAAGAUAAUAUAUACGGCGCCUCCAUAGCUGUGAAGUGUUAUAGGUUGCAGAAAGGGGGCAGGAAACUAUUUCACCUGGAAGGCACACUGUACAUCGAAGGGAAGCAAUACCAUCUUCAACCAGUGACAGUUACAGAUGGCCCUCGACAAAACUCGCACCAAUCCACUAUCAGUAGAGAAUUUUUCUUCAAAGAAGAAUGGCAGUUAUCUCCCUUUAUCAACAAAUCAUCAAGGAUUAACAAUUUGAUAGGUCCUCAGCACGAACCCGGGUCUCGUGUCCGCCGAGCUGGUGACAGAGUUCCUGAAUACAACGUUGACGUGCUUGUCGUGGUCGAUUAUUUAGUCUUCCGUGAUUGGCUGUCUCGGACCGAGAAUGUGGAAACCACAUUUGUAAAAAUCAGAGAAUAUUUUGCUCACGUCAUGAAUGGAGUGAAUUUGAGGUAUAAAAGUGUUGUGAUUGACGGCUAUAGAAUCAACGUCCAUUUAGUCGGGUAUAUCGUUUCCCAGUCUCCAGACACUUCUCCGUGGACGGAGCUGAACAAAGAGGUUGUGAACGACAAACUUCAGCUGAGUGCCGACAAAGUCCUGGAGUCCCUCAAGGACUGGGUGAACAAGACUCAACUUCCUGCUCACGACCAUGUGAUGCUUUUCACAGGAUAUGAUCUGUUUGGUGAUGACGGGGGAUCCAAUUACACCACAGGUUUAGCUUUUAUUGGUACAAUGUGCCAGGGACGGGGACGGAGCGUGUCAGUGGUGGAGGACCACGGCGGGUUCCAGAGCGUGGGAACAGCGGCGCACGAACUCGGUCACAGUUUAGGAGCCGAACACGACGGGGACAACAACACGUGUACACCACGUGACCGCUACAUCAUGGCGGGAGCCUCCUUCAGCGCAAACGUGGCCAACCGCUACAACCCCUGGCACUUUUCACCCUGCUCCGUCCGCUACUUCACCAAGUACAUACACACUAUGCUCAACAGAACGGCAGAAGCUGCUUGUUUGAAAAAUAAGAUCGACCCAGUAGAAGUACCAGACGUAUCCAAUCAGAUGCCAGGACAGUUGCUGAAACCAGACGACCAGUGUAGACAGAUGUAUGGGAACCAGUCCUACAUGUGCAGGGGUAAGAGUUUCGGAGGUCAGACUGAUAUCUGCCGAGCGAUGUUCUGUCGAAAUCCUGCAACUUCCAACAAAUGUAUUCUUCACACAGCCGCACGGGGGACAACGUGUGCUGACAAAAAGUGGUGUAUUGACGGCAUGUGUGUGUACAACGUAAACGCACCUCCGAGAAAUGACCACUGUCUGUUCGGAGACCGGACUGGGGUAGUGAUGAAGAACAGGACCUGUCGACAGAUGGUGUCCGAGGCGGCGGGCUACUGCUACAUGGACGACUUCAGGACGCGGUGCUGCGACUCGUGUAGUACCAAGUUCACCGGAGUACCAGGCUGUGAGUUCGGGGAUCGAGUCCUUCAGUGCAGCGCUGCUUACUGCGGGCGCAAGUUCGACGACGGCAGUUUGUACGACGUCAACUGCUGUGGAAUAUGCAACUACAAGCCCAACGUGACAACGACGUCUACACCCAUCACUGAAGACACGCCGGUCACGCCAACGGCGUUGCCAGACGGCGAUGACUGCAUGGACUAUUCGCUCAUCGACAACAAACCGUGCAUACAAUACGUCAAUAACAUUGGACGGAGUGCGUGCUAUAACAAGGACAUACAAAAACGAUGUUGCAAAACCUGCGAAACUUUAAAGAUAAACUUGAACAACGACUGCCCGUGGGGAGAUCAGAAUCCAACACAGUGUAGAGGUCUUUCAGAUAGGAAGCUGUCUGCCUGUCCAGGGACGUUGAAGAGCAUGUGCUGUGCGUCUUGCGCCGAGAAGAACCAGCUAGCACAACCUCCUACUACAGAUAUCGAGCCAACGAAACCCAGGGGACACAACUCGGGAUCGGAUUCUUCUUUGUGCUUAUUUACCUUGAUAGCUUCUCUUUCGUUGAAUAUUUUAAGCAGCAUUCAGGAUAUAAAUAUAAUAAUCCCACCUAAUUUUGGAAGUGAAAAUAAUAGAAUAUUCAAUAUAUACUGACGUCAAAAAAACCCUUUACAUUCAUAAAAUUCAAGAAUAAUACAAGAAAUAUUGUUGGUAAUGGAAAAGAACCAAUUUAGAAACCACCGUACAAACAUUUUGCAUGUAUCACGAAGAGCACUGUGACGUUUAGAUGUUGGAACUUCAUCAUACUUUCAUAUCCCACCGUACCAUUUGUUGGUUUUCUAUAACAUAAUUUCAAGCCUUGUAAUGUAUCGUUUGGACGUCAGUAUAUGUUUCAAAUAUUGCUAUUUAUAUUUAUUAAAGAUUGGACCAAUCUACAACGUUACAAAGUAAUCCCAGUUAACGAUUUUAAAAAUGUUGUAAUCACUCCAGAAUUGAAACAUAAUCAAGAAAAUAUCAAAUUGAAGAAGAUUUGAACACCGCAAUUUGUUUUGACAUUUAUUAUAUAAAUGUUUGGAUACUGGUAUGAUAAGAAUAUAUAUAAUGUUUGAACAGAUUGACCACAAAUGUUUUAGAGGACGUGUUUUAAACAAAUGGACAUGUAUAAUGGUUUACUGGUUUUUGUCAAUGAGCAUUUGCAUGUAUCCUGCAGGCGCUUUGGGGUGUUAAUUGCCAUUGAACGUUUGCUAAUGACCAAAACAUAGUGGAGACCACAUUUCUAGAACAUGCAAAACCUUUGGACUAUAUUAUCGUUCCCUAUAUCAAUUAAAGGAACUAUGUGCUUCAAUGGGGAACAAGUAAUGGUUAUACAGUGACAACACACGCAGUCUUGAAGCUGAAGGAAUAUUACUACAGAAAGGAUAAAGUACUAAGACUAAUAUAACACUAGCUGUAUGCAGACCUUGUUAUGAUAUCGUUUGUUUGCCUUGUAACAUUGUUAAAACUGACCAACCCAAUCAUUCCUAAGCAUGACCAUAUACACUAUUUGAUUUUACGAGUGAUAAUUUUUGAUAUUUUGUUAUUUUAAAAUGUAUUUAAUUCUAAUGUUAAUAACAAACCACGUUG